AGUGAGAUACAAUCGUUCACAAACAUAAUAUAGGCCUAGUUAUUCCUCUCAAAUUACUAAAACCACCAUCAUAAUUCACGGCCUUUAUUUUUAUGAUCAUUGAGCGAUAUCCAUUGUAUGCAUUACGUACUCUGGUAACAGGCUAUUCGUGAUUGCGAGCAUUUUGGAGCGGAAACGAAGUAAUGCAGAUUAUGUUGUUUCAGUUUCCACUCACCUGGCAAGCCUUUGCAAACUGCAUCUUCGCAUCUUCCUACUGUACUGCAGAUUAAUAAUGCACGGUGUCUCGAUAAUUAACCAUUUAAGAAUUAAACAAAAAUCAUUUUCACCGAGUACACACCGAGAUCAAGCAGAAUGAGCAUAUAAAGUAUUUUUUUCUAUAUGCAAUAUGGAACUAUUUGGAAUAAACCUGACAGCUGGUCGAGAUACAUUCAUUCCCGGAGAUGUCGUCAGUGGAGAGGUGAUCAUUCAAUCGAGCAAGAACGAAAUCAUUCAAGGAUUGGUGGUGAAGAUUUGUGGUAAAGCACAUGUGGAGUGGAAGAAGUGCUUUAUGAAGUACCGAGAAACGCAACCUUAUUUCAAUGUAAGGAACACAUUAACAGAUUUGACGUCAUCUAGAAAGGAAAGAAAACUUUCACGACACGUUCCUUUGGUAAGGUACUUCGAGUUAGACCUACCAGAGGGCACUUUUCCUCCCAGCUUCCAAAGCGACCAUGGGUGUAUUCGUUAUGACGUCAACGUAACUUUGACUCUGAAGGGCGGAAAAGAAUGUGUUGUAUCACGACCUUUUAAUAUCAUUGAUAUGACGUCACGAGGAACGCACUCUGAAUAUCGCCGGAAUUCAUGUAAACAGCUUUCGUCAUCAAUAACAAGAUCUACCCUGCCGUGGACGCGAGGACGUGUCCAUGCCCAUAUCCAGCCACACGAGGGCGAUAUGUCGCUUGUAAAGAUCCAGAUUGAGUGCUUACCCGACUUGUACUGCCAAGAUGAGAUCGAUGUGAUCCAGCGGAUAGGUUAUAGGGUAGACCAAACAAAGGAAUUCUGCGAAUACUCGUCCAUUGCAUGCAAGGAUGUCAGAAGACAUGAUAACAUCACUGAACUCAUCAUCUCAAAGAUCGAGGUACCAAUCGUAAAUCAUUGCCGGCUUAUCUCUGUCAGAUAUUAUCUAAAGAAACUCUCGAUCAACCCUGACAUAUCAUGGCUGCCGCUGAGCUGGCAAAGGGGCCCGGAAAUCCUGAUCACAGAAUAUUUGCUCAGAUAAAAACGAAGUUGUUGCUGUCUAUAAAAUGGUAAUCGACAUGCACGUUAUCUGUCAAACCAAUUAUCAAUUAUUAACCAGAAUUUCAUAUGCAAUGUGUAUACAUGAUAAUUGUUUUUUUUUUUUUGGGGGGGGGGCUCUGUCUUACUAAGGUAGCAUGGCUACAGUAAUCACAAACACAGGGGCCAAAGUUUGUGAAAAUAAAGGGAAAAGGAGGGAAGAAGAAGAAGAAGAAGAAAGAGAAGUAUUAACAAAGAGAUGCCUUGGUCUUCCAACUUUAUCAUUUAUAUUAUUUUAGAUUAUAAUUCAAUAAUAUUAUUCAAAUCAAUAAAUAGUCUACGUCACAUUUGAAUCAUCUCGACCCCCUCCCUAACACACUCCCCUGUAAAAUUGCAAUAAUAGAUAUAAUAGAUUAAGAGCAAGAUUCAUAAGCCUGGAUAGAAGUAGUUUAUCUCAAAAGAAUAUGUUUGUUUUCUUUCUAAAUUAUUUAAAAUCACACAACCGUGCUUAGUUUGCUAACACAGAAUUGAAAGCUAUUAGGCCAACGCCACCGUGCCGAUUGAUUUCCCCUGAGAGGUUUGCACAAUACCUAGUGGACUACUAUUUUAUCAGGGGCCGCGGAAGCGGGGGGAGGGGGGGGGGGGGCUGGUUUCCAAAACUGUGUACAAAAACGUAAAAAUGACCAUAUGAUUGUGACUUUUUGCAUGGUCAGCCCCCCCACUUUGAAAACCGUUCCGCGGCCCCUGUUUAUUACAUGUUCAAAAUGUUCCCUACGAGAUUAAUACUACAAUUUAAUGAGAGAAAGAUGGUCCUGAAAUGAGUGGGCUGACAGUUGUGUUGUUUUGUUUGUUAUUAGAAAGCAUUCUUGAAAAUAACAACAUUGCAGAAACUUGCAACGUCCACCGGUGCAACCACAUAUUGUGCAUUCAAAUAUCAACGAUUGAGUUGAGUUCAGUUCUUUUUUAAAUCGUCAGAUAUCCUAUAAUUACAAUAAUGUUAAUGAAUUUCCUUUAUUCAUUUACUUCUUCAUAUCGAAUCGGGGAGUUCAAUAUACUCCGAUUGAACUGAGAAAAGUGAAUAUUCCGUAAUUUUGUCCUGAGUCUGUGGAAAAUCAUAAGAGUAAUUAUAAUCGUUUGCCAAUCAUAAUUGUCGCUACUCGUUUAUAUUCAGUGGGGUGUCAGUAUGAUGUUAUGUAUUGCCACAAGAAAAUGCCUUGUGGUAAACUCAUUAUUUCCCUUUACCUUGCCUGGAGAUUUAACGCUGGUACAGUUUGCUUUCCCCAUCAUGCCCAUGAUAUGUCUCUACAGGCAUUUCCGAUGCUUUUUUUUUUUACAAAGUCUGCAUGGGGUCAGCACUGGCCGUGUAAGCUAACCCCCACUGUUUUUUAAUCAUACAAUUUCGUUGUUAUACUAUAUAUCAUUUUGUAACUUUAUUUAUUUAACAAUUUAAUUAUCUUUUAUCGUAUAAAGAGAGACGGGUAUUUCGAGAGGAAAAUUUGAUUAUCAUUAUCAUACAACUAUUAAAAAUAACACGAGUUUAGUUUGAACACAGAUAAUUUGGCAGCAGCCUUCAAACACUCAUUACUUACUUUUAAUUAGUAUGAAAAUGAGAUUGUCCUUUAUUGAUACAUCUUCGGCUUCUUGCAAGAAGGGACUUAGGGUGAUUUGCGAUUAUUUUUUAUAUUAUGUUCUAUUGAAUUUUUACCGAUAUGUUUAGUUUUACUUGAAAUUUCGAAUCAAUUUUUGCAUCAUUGGAUUUCCUACGAUGUACUCUCUCAAUAUUUGAAAUUAAAAAGUCGGAAAAAAAUACCCUAAGACCCUCCUGGCGGGAAGUUACGUUUUGCAUUUUCAACAUUCACUUUCAGUCACAAUUUUAGGGAUUAAGGGCGACUUUCUUUUUAUCUAUCACACUGAAGCGUGCUCAUAUCGAAGCUCAUUAUAAAAGUAUGGAUGUUACUCAGUAAAUUAUUAUAUUUUCACACGCAUGACAGGGGCGCAUUGUUGUUGUUUUUUCAGUGAGAGUAGGCAUGGAAGGGACACUCGUACAUAUUAAGUUAAAACGUAAAGGUAUUUUGAUUUGUUUUCUUUACUUUACUUUUGGUUAUGUUUGUUCAUCGAUUAAGUGAAGGGUUCACAUUAUCAGUUACAAACAACUUACUUUUUAAUUGUUGUUACAAGUUCCCCAAUGAAAAACUUAAAGGCUAUGCUCCUUCACCUUUAAUGGUCAAUAUUAAAAUUGGUUAUUUUUUAAAUCAAAAUUUUCAAAUAUUGAGCUCACGUUUCCUGGAUGUUUUCGAAAUAGGUUUUGUUUCAGAAAUUUAAACGCUCUAAAGUAUCUUUACGAUGCAAAUCUGUUUGUUUUGCAUUUCCGGCUAUAUAUUGUCUUGUACCAUACUGCUUUAUAGGCCCCCGUUCCACAGAAUGAUACCAUUGAAAGACCACUGAAAGACCGCAAAUCGUCAAGAUAUUUAAGUAGUCUCCAACAUGUCCAAGAUCCCUGAAAUUUGUGGUCGCUGAUGAAAGACUAUGAACAUUUUCUAAUUUUUUAGCACAUAUAGGGACCAAGAUAACCACUGAAAGAUCGGUCCGGUAUCGUGCACCUCUGUUUCUGUUUAUGGUAACUCCCGUAGGAACUCGGUAGGACAGCGUUUUGCUGGUUAAAUGCCAAGCUGGUAUAUAACCAAUUACCUAGAUCAGAUAUCAGUGUAAGUUCAUCGAUAGACAAUUGAAAGAUCAAUCAAGUUUCAUGGUCUUCGAUGAGUCUUACAGAGAUAUAGGUCUCUGUGGAAUGGGGGUUUAAAGGAAUUUCAUC